AUGCCUGUUCUGCCGUCCACGGACGAAAAUGCGGUGCCUCUGGACUCUGCAUACCGCCAUGAUGCGGUGAUGAGUGCCAAAACCGCAACAACGCGCACAGCGCAAAACGCACGACGUAUCGCGCUUGGGGACGUCACAGCACGCUCCAACGUGCCGUCGGUGGCCGUUGCUGGCUCCCACAAUGUCAAGAACCGAACAGGACUGUAUUCACAGCCGCUAAAGACUCGAGAUGAGCCGGACGUCGACCCAGUGCAAGAACCAACCGUGCAAGCACACUCUGAUUACAAUCAUGAAGCUGCCAACAAUUCAGACCCGGUCGAUGCAGCGGACGAGGGUGACGCCUCGUCUGUUCUGUCAGAUCGCGAGCCCUUGCUGUUGACGACCUCUGACGAGUCACAGCAUGCAAUUCAGCUUGCACACCAACAGCUUCACUCAGACGUCCCUGACCCACUCGAUGAGGAUACCUACGAUCUGGUCAUGGUCGUGGAAUACACUCCGGAAAUUUUCCGGUAUCUGCACGAGCUGGAAAAAAAAUGGCAACCGCAUCCGCGCUACAUGCUCUUCCAACCUGAGCUCAAGUGGUCGUACCGCUCCACUUUGAUCGAUUGGAUCGUGCAAGUUCAUGCUCGGUUCCAACUUUUGCCGGAAACUCUUUAUCUUACCGUCAACAUCAUCGAUAGAUUCUUGUCACGCAAGACUGUUACUCUAAACCGGUUCCAGCUGGUUGGCGCUGCUGCUUUGUUCUUAGCGGCCAAGUUCGAAGAGAUCAAUUGCCCGACCAUCAAAGAGAUUCUGUACAUGCUGGAUAACUCAUACACCAAAGAUGAGCUCCUGAAAGCAGAGCGAUAUAUGAUAAACGCCCUGGAGUUCGAAUUGGGUUGGCCCGGUCCCAUGUCGUUUUUGCGCCGUGUCAGCAAAGCCGACGAUUAUGAAUAUGAUAUACGAACAUUGGCCAAGUAUCUGCUCGAGACUACCAUCAUGGACUCACGAUUAGUUUCCGCACAACCAAGCUGGCUGGCCGCUGGCGCCUACUACCUAAGUCGAGUCAUACUCGGUUUUAACGACUGGACACAGCAUCACAUUUUCUACUCCAAUUACACUGCCGAACAGCUAUUCCCGUUGGCAACAGUAGUAUUGGAAAAUUGUAGGCACGCUACUCAAAGGCAUCAGGCAAUAUUCGAGAAAUACUCCGAACGCCGUCACCGUCGUUCGUCCCAAGUUGUAGCCAGAUGGAUCGCCAUGGCAGAACAGCGCGUAACGUGA